AAAGUAUCAGUUAUGCAGCUCCGGAGAGGCUGAAAGCUCAUGCAGCGUGUGUUCAUUCAGGGACAUAUGACUGAAUCACACAGCGCAAAGGAUAUUCCCAAGAAUAUCAGAUACUACACUGCUCUGUCCAGCGGCUCCCCUGCCACCACACUUACUGAUCUCAAACCCCUGAUGGACAUCCCAUCUGAGUAUGACCACUCCAGUGAUGGCAAGAAGGAAGGUCAAAAACAACAUGCAAAAUCCGCUGCCCUGCGGACAGCUAGGGCCCGCCUCCUCAAGGGAGUUUCCUACUUCUCAGGAGACAUGGAAGUGUUUGGGAAAUGGAUGGAAAAACAGUUCCUGCCUCUGCAGCUGCUAGACUGGGUUCUGCGUGGAGCAGCCCAGGUGAUGUUCGUCAACAACCCUCUGAGUGGCCUUAUCAUUUUUGCAGGCCUCAUCCUGCAAAAUUACUGGUGGGCCCUCAAUGGAUUUGUGGGCACCCUUUUUGCAACAAUCUCUGCUCUCAUUCUGCAGCAAAGCAGGGGUGCAAUAGCUGCUGGGCUCUACGGUUACAACGGCAUCCUGGUCGGUCUGCUGAUGGCUGUGUUCUCUAAUGCCGGGGACUGGUACUGGUGGCUCCUACUGCCCAACAUCUUCAUGUCUAUGAUGUGCCCGAUUGUUUCCAGUGCCCUGGCCUCUAUCAACAGUCGCUGGGAUCUGCCAGUGUUCACCCUCCCCUUCAACAUCCUCGUCUGUCUCCACAUGGUUGCCACUGGCCAUUUCAACCAUCACUUCCCUCAAGUUCGGAUUCAGCCACGUUCUGAAUUCCCCAACAUCACCUGGGCGGAAAUAGAUGUAGCCAAGCUAUUCAUGUCAGUUCCUGUUGGAGUAGGGCAGGUGUAUGGCUGCGAUAACCCUUGGACGGGAGGAAUCUUCAUCAUCUCCCUGUUCAUCUCUUCCCCCAUCACCUGCGCCCAUGCUGUCAUGGGAUCUGCAGUGGGCAUGGUUUCAGGUUUGGCUCUAUCAGCUCCUUUUGGAGACAUUUACUUUGGCCUCUGGGGAUACAACUGCGUGCUAGCCUGCAUUGCAAUAGGAGGAAUGUUUUACGCUCUUACCUGGCAGGUGCACCUGCUUGCCAUCACAUGUGCUUUUUUCUGCGCAUACCUCGGCUCAGCCAUAGCCGGUGUCAUGUCCACGUUUGGUCUGCCAGCCUGCACCUGGCCUUUCUGCCUCUCAGCUCUCACCUUCCUCCUUUUAACCACUGGGACCAAAAGGAUAUUCAAGUUGCCGCUGGCCAAAGUCACGUACCCUGAGAAAAAUCUGGCCUUCUACUGGAAGCUGAAGAAGCAGGAGAAAGCAGAGAAGGCUGACAAAGAGAGGAAAGAGAAAGAAGAACAGCAGAAAGCUAUUCGAGAGGAAGUGAUCUUAAAUGAAAAGGAGCAGAUGAGACUGGAGUUUGAAAGAAUGGAGGAAGGAAGAGUUGAAAGUAGGACAUCAGAAGAGGAAUUUGUAAAAACAUAUGUUGGAGACCAAGACUAUGAGGUGGAUGAGGUAUAUGAAGAGAAAAAGGAAGAUAAUGCCACUGAAAUUGUUGUUUCUGGUGUAGAUUACAUCUACACCCUGUGAAUGCAAAUAAAGACAAACUUAACACUACUGGGACUAAAAUGCAUGAAGCUGAAAAAAUGCACUGCGGUUUAAAUUUUAUACUGUCAAGAAGGAGAAUAACCAGAAGGGAAGUGUGUUUAAAUUUAGUAUAUUUUGUCUUGUUGUUUUGUUUUGUUUUUUCUUUCAAAGUGCAGCUCAUUUUGUACUACUGUGUAAAAAGGAAUUUGUUAAUUGUUUUUGUAAUAAAUUAAUGUACAUAUUUAAGAAAUGUAAAGCAAUUAUAAACCACACAAGCUCUGUCAAAAAAGAAAUGCAAAGAAGUAUAUAGUUCUGCCAGAUCUUUGUAAAAGGUGUUCUGUGAAGACGUUCUUUAGAAAGACUUUCCAGUUAUACAAACAAUUAUGUCAUACUAUGUACAGCAGUGCAAUGUGUCCUUUAAGAAUGGAAUACCUCCUUAAAGGACCUUGCUCUGUGUAAUGAGUUUUGUAAAACCUCUCUUUUUUGACAUUGAGAUUUAAUAAAUACCUCAUGCUACACAA